AUGUUAUUAUCAUCACCUAUCACAUUAUCAUCAUUAGUAGCGGUGGAAGAAUCGAAUGAAAUUGAUGAAAAAGUGGAGCUACCAAAUUCAUCACAGUAUGUGAUACCGAUAACACCAAUUAAUAAUACAUCGUUUAUUUCAUCUGAUAUUUGUAGUCAUGAAACUAAUUUUGAUCAUAACGAUGUUAAAUAUCAAUGUUGCUAUGGCUAUAUGCAUAUUACAUUAGCAGCUCGAAUUAUUUCUAUCAUUUAUCUUUGCGGUACGAUAUUUAUCAUAUUUCUUACUGUAUUCUCGCAAAAUGUUACUUUAGCAUUCUAUUCGAUUGCAUCAUUCGCUUUUGCAUUUGCUAUAUUUGGUACUUUAAUAUAUGGUAUUUUUAAGGAAAAACAAACAUUCAUCUUACCAUAUAUAAUUUUUCAAAUUACAUCAAUUAUAUGCACAAUAAUCAUAUUUUUGAUCGUUAUCAUUGGUUCCACGUUUUCCAAUAAAUUGCUCAAUAGCCUUGCCGCAGAUCUCGGUGGAAUGCGAAUCGAUGAUAAUUCAUUCGAUAUGCAAAUAUUCGGUUUGAUAUUUGUGACAGCUCUGGCAACAAUGCUAUUCAUUCAAGUAUGGUUUAUGGAUAUCAUUUGUCGCUUUCGAAAUUUCAUUCUCGAUCGAGAAAAUUCGUUUUCACUAAAUUUAACCUCCGUGCUAGAUAGUAAUAAUGAUGGAUCUUUUAGUGAUUUACCAUCACAUCAUUCCAAAUACUAA